ACGCGCAGUGGUACGUUGUUGGAGAAGAUGUAAUCGUGCCAAAAGGAUUGUCCCAAAUCAGAAAGAAUUCGACUCGACGUCACCAGAUAUACACGGGAAACAUUUGACCAAUCAAUUAGUGAUAAUCGAAAUUUCUUCUCAAUCUUCUAUUUAUACAUCCAUUAAGUGAAGUGGCAAACGUAACGAACUUUACCGGGCUAGGCGAAAAUUUCGUCUUAAAUGAAGAAAGGAAAUUCGAAAACAAUGACGCAAGAAGAGCAUUUGGAAGGUGGCCAUCAGAUAGAUAAAUCCGUAUACGAUCAAGUCAAUGAAGUUUCAACUAGCAGCAAAACUUCCGCUAAAAAUAGCGGGAAGAAGAAUCCCAAGUUGCCCACAAAGAUUCAGCAAACCGAUCGUCGGAUUAACCAGUCCAAUAAAUCUGCCAUCGGCAAAGCAUCAGCUAGUGCUAAUUCGAAAGUUCCGAAAACUGAUCGCGAUCGUAACGGUCGGAAAAGUACUACUAAGAAAAGUGAUCCAUUAAAUCGAUCAACCGUGGGAAAUCGAAACGAAUGCGCCAGUGCUAGUAUCAAUGACAAAAAAGGUGAUCCUGAAAUGACUAUUCUAACGCACCAAAAUAGCAGUGAUAGUCUACGGGAAACGGAAUCAUUGGAUAUUAGUGAUAAUAGCAAGAAUGUGGGUGAUACGGUUGUAAGUGUAAACACUGGGACAGAGCCAGAUAAAGAUAGUAUCGGUUUCCCCGAGUCAGAGAAAACCCCGACGGCAAUUAACACUGACCUUCAAAGUGAUGGGGCUAUUAGUGGCAGAGGUCCAACAAUUGAACACAAGAACAAAAUUAACGUGAACAAGAAAAAUGAAGCGGCUGAAGAUCAAGCGAAAAUUCCUCUUGGGAAUUCAAAGGAUACUGAUGACGAGGAAAAGAAAACGAAAGACUCAAUUAAAAAGGGGUCCUGCAUUAAGCCAUUACCCCCGAGUGAUGACCCGAUAGAACGCCUCAAUGCCUUAAGGGCUAAUAUAUCGAAUGCUUUGAAAGAAGUUAAAGCAGUUUUAGAUCAGCAUGCUCCUCCUCCUCCUCCUCCUGAAGAGGGAAGUGGAAAUACUGGAGAAGAGGGUGUUGUUAAAUUUCGCUUUGUAAGACGCGAUCGUAAGAAAAGUAUUAUCAAGUUUGAUGAGGAGGAGAUCAUUUGUAAUGUUCCUGCGGAGGCUCCUACCACAACUGCUGAGCCAUUGCCAGAAAAACCAGAGAGCUCCGUUGGUGCUGAGAGGUCACAGAAGGAUAUUGAUGUUUUUCCAGACAAAUCAAAUAGUGGACGACUUGAAACUGAUACUUCUCUAAACAAAAUCAAAGGGGAUGAAAUUACGCCGAAAAGCGACCUGGAUUUGUCUGCAAAAGGCAAAUCUGAGGAGGACAUGGAUGUAUUAGCUACGAAUAUAGAAAGUUCUGGGAAAUUCGAGGAAAAGUUAGCAAUAAAUGAAAAUCAGCAGCCAAAAGAUCAGAGAACCAAUGAUAACAGAGUAGAAAGGCAGGAUAUGAAAGGUGAAAAUCAUAUUCAAAAAGAUACCUUAAAUAGAGAAAGUAAAGUAGAGAAGGUAAACGUAUCUAUGCACAAUGUAGCUCCGGUAAAAUCUGGAAUGGAAAACAAGGUAGAGCCACAGAACGAACGAAUAUUAGAAUCAGAGCAGACUGAUAAAAUGCCAGAAGUUACAAUAACCGAAUCAAAAGCCGUACCUGAAAAACCAAUUCUGGACAAAAAGAUUUCACAAGCUGACAAGGUUUCCUCUAUGAACAAAUUAACUGAGCCGAACAAAUCGAGACCAAAAGUUAACGAAAAAGCAGAGACAGCGAAAAAAGGAGAAGAAUCAACUGCGAAGAAGGGGCAAGGUAAAUCAUCCACAAAACCUGUUGGCCAGAAUUUUACUGCUGGCAUAAAAGAGGCUAAAAAGUGUGAGGAAGUACCAACUUCAAAGCAGUCAAAAGAUACACCUAAAAAAAUGCUUUCCAAAGUGCAAAAUACUCCCCUAGCUCCGUCAGCAGUUAAAGAGACGACUCUUCCCUCAAGUGCGCCAAAACAAAUAUCCGUGAAAAAGGAACAAACUACAAAGAAAUUACAAAAGGACCAAAAAGAAAAAGCGAAAAAGUCAUUACAAGAAAGACCUUCAAAUUCAAAUAUAAAUUCAGUAGUGGCUCAAAAGCCUGAGAGUGCUAGUAUUGUCAAGACGAAAGAAAAAGACAUUGAAAAGGUGCCUGAAAUCAAGUCAGAAGAAAAAGGAGAUACAUUUAAAAAAGAAACUGACAUUAGUAUAGCAGCGGAAGCAAAUGUAAGUCCUAAGAAGCAGGUGGAAAUAUGCGCAAAUGUUGAACACAAAGCGUUAGAGAUCUUAACUCAAACAAACAAGAAAACUGAUAAAAAAUCGAGUCCGAUGAAUGAUGCUCCGGUUAAUGAGGUCAUCAAAUCGGUAGACAAAGUGUUACCCAAGAAAGAAAGCAAUAUAUCCACCCAGCAGAUUAUUAGUAAGCCAGAUCAAAUUGAAGCGGAAAAGACUUUAAAGAAAGAAACAGUGUCUGCUCCGGUGAAAAUAGAGCCGAAAGCCGUUGAAAAGAUAGCACCCAAUCAAAAUGCUGAGAAAGCCAAAGCAACUGUUACGACGAAUUUGAAAAAAUCACCUACUGACAAAGAAAUAACUGUGAAACCGCCCGUGUCACUUCGGGCAAAACGGGGAAGUCUGGUAGAAGCACCUAAAAUUUCUCUAAAGGAAAACAUUUUAAAACCUAAAAGAGCUUCAAUUGGCAGUGAAAGUGACCUAGUGAAGAUUGCAGCAAAGUCAAAUGAAAAUAUUCUAAGAAGUUCUAUAGUUGCAAAUGCAGCUAAAGACAAACCUGCCACAGUGAAGAAAUCUACGAAAGGCCAUGAGGAUGUUCCCACACAGGUGAUAUCUACAACUGAUACUACGGCACCAGUGUCUACCACUAAUAAAACAUCAGUUCUUAAUGUAACUGCACAGAGCGAACCCACUAAGACUACCACUAAGUUAAAUAGUGCAGAACUCGAAGUUUCCGCCAAUAGCAGUGCAACAUUGAAGUCCUCCCCUUCCUCUCAGGCCAAUUCUAAAAAUGAUUCAUCAGCGGAAAUAAUACAAACACAAUCGAAUGCUAUAAACGCGCCAGUUACUCAACCAAUUCCGAUCAAAUCCAAUGUCGGUGCCAAGAUAGAUACUGUACCAAGCCAAACAACUUUAGAUGUAAUUAAGCCACUAAUCAGUUCGGCAGAUAAACUUGUAUCAAGUGAAAGUGUCGAACUUAGCAAUAAGAAUAGUGUUGUGGAAUCAUCUUCUGAGAUGACGGUGGUUAAAAAAGAUACUGUGCCGAAUAUUGCAUCUAAACAAUCCCUUGAAGAACUUAAAGAAAAUAUGAAAGACAAAGCAAGGAUAUGUGAACCUCUGGACAAUAAUUUAAACUUAAUUCCAAAAAUCAGUGUUGAACCAAAAGUGAAGAAAGAACAAUUAUCACUGGAAAUACAGCCAAUAAAACUACAAAAUGGUGAAGUGCAACCCAGUGACACUAAAGACCCUUCUCAUCAUGACGAAACCGAUGAUGAAUCUGUUCCAAAAGUGCCGCAUCAAAUAGAAUCGCGACGUGAAAUUCAGUUACGUGAACUCAGUGCGGGCAGUAAACAAACGAAAAAUGCUGGAAGCCAAACACCGCCAAAACUUAAGCAUGUCCAAAAAAUAGACAAACAUUUUGAAGAAGCCAGAAUAAAGGAAGAAGCAAAAGGAGUUAAAGCUGAUUCAACAGAAAAAGUUUUAGUGGAAAAAGAGGCAGAAAAGGAAAAACCAAGUGAAAAUUUGAAAUCAAAGCCCCCGACUGUUCCAGUUGCCCAGAAUCAAGUAGUAUCAACGGAGCAGAAGGACACAACUGCAACUACUAUUACACCAGCUCUACAAGAAACUCCAAUUUCAGAACCAAUCCAAGAAUCACCUCUGAAAAAAACAAUAUCCACAAGUACUGAAGACCUAUCCGCAGAAACUGAAUCUACUGGAAAUGAAUCCGAUUCCAAGAAACCAGAAGAUUCGAAAAAAUCACGAAAAACCAAAAAAGUCAUCAUCAAGCGAGUCAAGCGAAGAUUGUCUCUUGCGGACGAUGCACCAGCGGAACCAGAAAUCUGCGAAAAGCCUAUUGCAGAACCGCUAGUUCCAGAACAGGCGCCAGAAUCUGAACCUGAAGAAGAAGAAGAGGAAGAGCCAUCUGUCGAAGAACCUCCCGUGCCGAAAGGACCCAAAUCAUGCCUAAUAAAACGAUCCUAUGAUCCAGGCGAUAUUGUAAUGUAUGCCGACCGGGUGAGGAAGACAGUCAAAUGGAAGAAGGCAACCGUUCUUGACAAGAUCACCGAUAUCUCGUAUAAAUUGGAGUUUGAAGAUGGAACUCAGAAACCUGCUCAUAUCAGUUAUAUCAAGAAAUAUACAGACAAGAAAGUACAAUUCGGAGGAAAAGAGUAUUUGGAGAUUGACUACGAACAGGAGUAUGAAUCAUCAUCUGAGGAAGAACCAUAUAGUAUUUGGGCAAGAGCGUGAACUUCCUAUUCAUUUGUAAAUAUGAAUAUUUCGGUAAAGUAAUUAUCAAUAUUUAUAAAAAAUUAGAUAAAUUUACAUCAAACUAAAAUGUUUCCAAUUGAUGUAUAUGCGUUACAAAGUUUUAUUUGUAAAAAUUUUGUAACUUUCCAAAAUGUAUCUUGUUCCAAAUAAAGUGAAUUUCUGUUUAUACGA